AUGUCUAGUGUAUUAAAUAAUGACAAUUUUGAUAAGGACAAAUAUUUAGUAAAUAAUGAAAAAGAUAAGGAGAAAAAAAAAUUCUUACUAAUAACUGUUAAUUUACUUCUUUUAUUUUCAAUGCUAUUGUAUGGUAUAAAUUAUACAUUAAUGAAAUAUUUUAUUAAAAUAAAUGGAUCUACAUAUAUAUUUAUUAUUUUAAGAACUACCCUUACAAUACCUCUAAUGGUUUACAUAUAUAUAACAAAAAAAUCGAAACCUGAAAAGAAAAAAUUAUUAAGUAAUACGAAUGAAGUAACAACAAAAGAAAAAUAUAAAAAAAAUAAAUAUAAUGAUAAUGAUUUUAGUGGAAUUUUUUAUAAUAGUAGUAAUUAUGAUGAUUAUAUGAAAUUUUAUAAUAAUAAUAAUAAUAAUAAUAAUAAUAAUAAUAAUAAAGAUAUAAGCAAUUUCAUGAUUAAUGAUAAUAUUAGUGAUAAAUAUAAUAGUGAAAAGUAUGAAGAAUAUUACAAUGUAGAAAGUUUUAAUAGCAAUUAUUUAAGUAUAAUAAGUAAAAAUGAUGAAAAAUUAAUACCUAAAAUAGCUCAUAUUCCUAUAAUUAUAUUAUCAGUAGCAGGGGCAUUAAGACAAAUUAUUGUAAUAAUCGCCUUACAAUAUACUGAUUCUCAUAAUGUUGGCAUAAUUCAACCAACUAUACCAAUUUUUACAGCUUUAAUGUCAUAUUAUUUAAAAAUAGAAAAAAUGAAUUAUAUAACGUUUUUAUCUAUUUUCUUAUCAUUUAUAGGAUUAGCUAUAACAGCUGAAAUAUGGAAUAUUCAUGCCUUAGAUUUUGGUUUUCUCUUAUUGUUAACAGUUCCUGUAACGAAAGGAUUACAAGUUAUUUAUAUUAAUAUUGCCGCUAAAUAUGUAAGUAAUAAUAUAAUACAAUUUUUUCAAAUGAUAGUUUUACUUUUUAUAGCAUUACCUUUUGGAAUAUUAGGAGAAAUGUUAUUUAAUCAAAAGUAUAAUAUUAUAAAUGAAAUAUAUAAUUUAAAUGUAAAUCAAUUUUUAUGCAUACUCUAUUCAACUGUCGCUAUUAUAUUUAUCUGUUGGAAAAUACAAAUAAUAGCUCUUAAUCAUCUUUCACCAAUAACUGUAUCCUUGUAUCAAUCAUUUCAACCAUGUUUCACAUUUAUUUUAGCAAAAAUUUUUCUAAAUGAAACAAUAAGUAUAAAUAAAAUUAUAGGAACUGUUUUUAUUAUUAUGUCAUUGUUUUUAUAUCAGUAUGGAUGCUAUAAAAAAAUAAAAAUGUAA